GAAGAUGAAAACUUGUUGAACCACUUUUCGACUGUAAUUUACUUUGAAAAGUGACAAUUAAUUCAACCAAUUUGACCACAAAUUGAUAAACUAAUGCAUAAAAACAUGAAAACAAGAAUUACAUUAUAUAACAACAAAAUUUAACAGCAUUAAUAAUAAUAAUACAAUCGUAAAGGUAAGAGGAGUGAACAAUUUAAAGAUAAAUGCGCAAAGGCAAAAGGUGAAAGCGAUACAGUUUUGUGCAGUAAAGUAACACACAGCCCAAGUCCAUCCCAAUUGUAUUCAUCAGCAUCUUGAAUCCCUCCUUGAAACAAGUUAAUCUCUUGGCUGUUCAACUCCUCCUUGAGGAGGAAUGAAAACUUAUAACUUAUAGGAUAAAUUGAUAACUGGUAAUUAUGAUGAUCAUCAGUUAGCUGAGGAUAACAAGUUUAAUGUUGAGAGGAAACAGAGAGUAGCAAAGUGAUUGUUCAAGUGUUAACAUAAGUUGUUCAAGACUAAAAGUGGACUUGUUGUUGAUUAUUGGUUUUUACGGCCUGCUUUGCUUUUGAGGUAAAAAAACUGUUUUUCCAACCACUUUUUACAACUUUCCCAAAGUGGAUAAGUGAAGAAAUCAAGAAUUAAACAAUUUCAUUUUCUCCAUCAACGAUUAACGUGUUUGUUUUCGGUUACGACGUCGUCUUUACUUUUUUGAUUGUUAUUGUCAUUUGUUGUUUGUGACUUUGUGUACCAUUGCAAGGAUUACCAUUUUACUCAAAACUAAUCAUGUCAACAUCAUCUCAUUCUGAUUCCGAGAAUUCAUCUGAUACAACAAUUACCAUCAGUAAUAACAGUAGAAACAGUAAAGUUAAAUCACCGCCAAUCAAGGUGGAAAGUAAAAAGGAAUUAUCCUUUGGAAUCGACAAGUUGAUUAAUAGAAGUUCCAAUAACAGUGAUUUAGACGGGAUUAGUGAUUCCAACAAUAAUAGCAUUAGACAUAACCGUUUGCUAUCACCAUCCUCAAAUGAUGCUGAAGACAAUAAUGGAAAUGGUUCAACAAGAUCAACACCAUCUGAAACCAAUCAUCACCUUAAUUCCCAUCACCAACAGCAACAACAAAAUAAUUUGGUUCGUUCCAUGAAUGUUAUGCUUUAUGAAGGUGCUUUUAGAUCGUUUCUUGCCUCAAAUCAUCACGAUUCACCACAUAAUUAUCUUUCCUCAGCUGGAUCCAAAUUUGAUCCUCUUCGUGUUUGUAAUACACUUUUACCAGCUGACCAGAUUGGUUCCUAUCAUCCUCAUGCCCAUCACCACCAUCAUCCUCUUUCUCAACACCACCAUCUCAAUGAUUCUGAACCACGAAUAAGUCCAUCAUCCUAUUAUGAUUCCAAUAAUAAAGAAACUAACGACAGUUUAAAUGGUUCAGUGUCAUUAACAAACGGACCAACAACAAUUUCAUUGCCUUUAGUCCAUGGAUUACCGCCUUUACCACCUAGAAGGAUAGGUCAUCCAUACCAGAAUCGGACACCACCAAAGCGUAAAAAACCACGAACUUCAUUCACUCGGAUACAAAUUAAUGAAUUGGAGAAAAAAUUUACAAGCCAUAAAUAUUUAGCCUCAGCUGAAAGAGCAACUCUAGCAAAACAAUUAAAAAUGACUGACGCUCAAGUUAAAACCUGGUUUCAAAAUAGGCGAACUAAGUGGAGACGUCAAUCAGCCGAGGAAAAGGAAGCUGAACGGCAAGCGGCCAACCGUUUGAUUAUGUCAUUUCAUGCUGAAGCCAAUGGUGGACCCAAGGGUUCCCUUUACGGUGGACUAAAUGGUCCCGAUGGGCCUGUUGUCCCACUACUAUCAACAUCAAGUCAUCCUCAUGGGUCACACUCUCAUCAGGCUGGUUCAAUGUUACCCAAUGGAUCAACCUCAGGAUCGGUACAGUCACCCUCAUCAGCCUCAUCUCCUUCAACCACGUCAAUCUCAUUGCACCACCAUCCUGUACAUGGUCACCCAAACCAUCAUAACUCUGACCGUUCAAAGGCAACCUCUGCUUACCUUUCAAGUUUACCCUUGAAUGCACUGAAAAACCUUCAACCCUGGUCAGCUGCAGCAGCGGCCGCAGUUGCAGCAGCAGCAUCAGCUUCAUCUUCAUCUUCAACCUCCUCAUCUGGCUCAUCGUCGGCCGAUUCACCAGCUCACCUUAAUCACCUCAACCAUCUUAAUCAACAUCAUCAUCAUCAUCCUUCCCUUUCAGCUGGAGCCUCACAUUUAGCUUUAUUGGGUUGUGGUAAUCCAAUAUCAGAAUAUCUUCAACCACCUUCAUCAAUGGUUUCACAAAUUUGUUGAACAACUCUCAUUAUAACAGACUCAUAUAAUUUAAUUGUAUUACCAUCUUCAUCAUCUUCAUCCUCAUCAUUAACA